AUGGAGGCAAGUCGGAGUCAUACUUCCCAGCAACGAACCUUAUCGGACAAAAAUAAUCUUCAACAGAGCUUCACAGCCCAAGAAUUUGUCAGAGAUGCGGGACCCAUAGAACUUUACUUGCUUCAUCGGCAAGCGAGGAAAAAGCCGUCGGCGCCGUCCGCUUUCCUUCUGUUAGCAGUGACACUAGCAUCCUUAGCAACGACAUACGUUCUGAUUCGCUGCUUUUAUGCCAUUGCGUAUAUUCAGCGGCAUGGUACCACGCAUAGGCUUUUGGCAAGCGGCGGCUUUUAUCUGGACUACUCUUGUUUGGGGGAAGGAGACCAGGAUGAAGAAGAGGAGGAGUCGUAUGCGCUGCAAGUUCAACGCGAGGGAGCUUCCGUAUCGUUGAAAGGGGAUGAAUCGCCAACAGCACCUCCACGGGUACGGGAUGAUAGUGACCUAGACAAAUGGGGAAAUCGGCAGUUGCCUGAAGACGUACGAGACAGAUUUGCAUCCUUCCUCCAGCGCAUCGAGCACAGUGCUGUCCUCUGUGAGGCACUGCUGCCAAUGCUCAAACCUGAACACGCUAUUCAAAUUACAAAUGUAAUGUUGAGGAUACUGGUGGCUCAGCUCGGUGUCCUAUCGCUGAAUCCGCCGGAUCUAGAGCCUCAAAGGGCACAGGCAGGUGGGAGACUGCUACUUUUGGCAUAUAGAGGCAGAGAACGGUCCGGCUGUUACACUUAUCUACAGUUUUUUCUGAAUGAAAACGUUUGGCUGCGGAAUCUAGCUGAGGCAGUGUCAAUGCCUCGCGCAGACGCCCUUGAAAUGGCCCCCCAUCAUCAUAAAAAGAGGGUUACCGGGGUCCUUCGAGAGAUUUCGAUUGUAAACAUUUACAUCGUGGCUGCCUUGGGCGGUUUAGAGCGUAUGAGCCGAAGAGCUGUAGGAUACUUGGAUGAUUCCGCUGUAGAAACCCAACUGCGCGUAUUGGAGGCUGUUCAGGGUGUGCAGCUUCGUCGCUUCUUGACUGACAAAACGACUCACUGGUUUCUUCGGUACUGUCAAAGGAGAACCCAUAAUUACAUACUUUUCACGCGAGAGCAAGAACAGCUUUACGCGUCAAACAAUUAUACUUCAAUGAAAGAGUUUCAAAACGAACUAGAACAGAAGGUACAAGAGGCUGGAGGUCUCCCUUGGAACCCAAAUUGCACAAAUAUAGACCUAAGCAGGGGCAGGUCAAGGUACAGAAGAAGGCAAUACCGAGAGACACCAAGUUCCGGUUCUCAUUUUGAGGUGCUGCAGGGCACAAGUGGUUUCCCAUCAGGCCACUCUCCAAGUCUAGGCGACUGCGGAAGUACUACUGGUGGAAGCAGUCAACAGCGUUUAGCCACCUCUGUCGACCAUCUCAUCGGCGCGCGUGAGUUUGAGGAGGCCGCUCUAGUUUCCGGAAAGCCUCCUGGUUCUCGCUUUGGAGCUCAGCAGCAACAGAGGGACCAAGGUACUACACAGCCACUUGUACAAGCAACACCUUGGCCGGCAAGCGAGCCACAUCACGCGAAGCCACGCGGUUCUUCCAACUUAACGCUCGAAGGUCUUUUGGGGCAGCAUAGAGUGGAAAAUAAUUCAGGUUCUCAUACGCUUCCCCACCCUGGCUCUCGUAAUGCACCACUCACUCAAAGCUUUGUGCAGCCAACUGCGCACCAUGGUACACGACCACGUAUUUCGACGCCAGGACUUCCGAUCUUAUUUUCUUCAGCGAUUCCAGGUGGAGAGCGCAGGAGGUCAGGUGCCCCUAACAGCAUGCCUUCCCAGACCGCUGCUUUUUCAGGUUUUGGACGUCAGCAAAGUUUUGGGAGCGACAUGGUGUUGCAGACGACACAAACAGGUCGAAGCCCAACUUUGCCAGCUACUCUGGUCCGUGGUUCAUUUCCCGGAGAACCAAAUUUCCCAUGGAUGCCAACGCAUCCACCUUCAGCCCCUCGAAGCACGCUGCCUCGAGCGCAACAUGGAUUCUCCGACACAGCUGCACAACGGUGGUCGUACGCUGAGAUUAUUCCGCCACCAAGCACAGCACAAGUUCCCCGAAUAAGCGGAAAUUCACAUCAGGACCAAUGGAUCCCCGAAACUGGCGAUAAUAGGAUCACCGGCACCUCUUCACCAUGGGGGUCAAUGAGCGAGCCUUCAGCUCCUUCAAGCAUGCUGCCUGCAGUUGGACAUGGAAUAUCUUCAGUACACCUGCCCGCGCAGCCAACUCUGUCUAGCACAGCACAAAUGCUUCGCGGAAGCGGAAAAACCGGCCAAGCGCAUCAUGAGCGAUCAACUACUGUUCCAGGGAAGUCGGCGGCGACAGCGUUGGCAGGUGCUUUUGGCUCUGGGGGCCUCCAGAGACUUCAACUGCAGACAGGAAAUUGGAUCCCACCUUCCUAUCAUCCGUGGCUUACUGGGGACUCCGAAGCAGUUUCCGCAUAUCCUUUGUUUCACCCACCUUUCCCCACACAAUGGCAGCGACGUUCAUCAGGACCCAUGUCACAAGCGACAGGUCAGGGGCUUGGCAGUAGUUGCUCUCCGUUUGCAACGCAAGCAGCAAUAAUGCAGAGUAACACAUCAUCUGGUAGUUCGCUGCCGGAAGUGAGUAGCAGCGUGGAUUUCAACAGCACCUCUGGCAGAGCUGGUGAAAGUGAAGUUCCUAGCCAGCUGCCGCCUACGACAGUAGGUUGGCUUGGUGGUCAGCCCAUGCAGCAACCUCCUAAGAAUCAGGGACAAGAAGAAGACGAGACGGUUCUCAAUGAACUUUUAGAGGCUAUUGAGAAGUUUGGAGGCGUAGAUUCUGGCGCCGAAGGUCCGUUGGAGAACAGCUAA